UGAAAACAAUUAAUGUAAAAAUUACAGCUGACGAAAUGUGAAACGUGUGAGUCUUAGAGUCAGGAUUUCUCCCUAGCAAGCAAUCAUUUCCAUGUAUAAGUUGAUGAUAAAAUAGUGCAUGUGAAACAAAAUGAUACCAAAGUUGUUUCAAUGGUUGUUUGGUGUUGGUGCCUUCCUCAGUGUGUGGUUAGCAGUGGUAUUGGAAUAUGUUCAUGUUCAGUCAUCUAGUUCAUUUAAAUCAUUAUUUAUUAUACCAUUGCCAUUGAUUGUUCUAGUCUUAUUUGCAAUAUAUUCUUUGGGUGUUAUCAUAUAUAGAGUGGCCAUAUUUAAUAACUGUGAAGAAGCAUCAAAGGAACUUCAAACGCAAAUAGAGGAAGCCAAAGCAGAUUUACAAAAGAAGGGAUUCAAGUUUGAUAACACAUGACUUCACUUAUCACUGAUUAUUUUUAUAUAAACAAUAUUUACAAAGCUGUACAUAUAAAACUGUAAGAAAUAUUUAUUCCAAUGAAUAAAGCGGAUCUGGUAUAAA